GUUUUUUUUUUUUGGUUUUUUUUAAAGCACCGCCUGCUGUCGCUUUUAAAAAUAGACCGCGUUCCCACACAGAGCCGCUGAAAAGCCAACGCGCUUGUUUUUCUCGGAAAGGCGAGAGAUUCUCAGUGCUGAGCGUGCGUGCGUAAUAUCGGUCCUCAACGCGCGAGUCUGGCGCUUUCGCGUGCUUUGUGAGUUCUGCGCGCUCCUAAUAUACAGAGUUGCUAGUGUCAGCGCUAGGGCAGUGCUGCCCAACCCCGUUCCUGGGGAUCUUUCAACCUGUAGGUUUCAAUUUCGACACUUAUUUGGCACACCUGACUCUAAUUAGCAGCUCAGUGAUAGCUGUUGAAUGAGGUGCGCUUUUCAAGGAUUGAAAUUAAGACCUACAGGACAUGAUAUCUCCAGGAACGGGGGGGGGGGGGGGGGACAAUAGGAAUGCUUUUUAGGCACACCAAUUGCAGAAAGACUCUAGGGCCUGAUUAAAUCUGUGGUAGAGUGCUAAGGACCUGCGCAGAGCAGCUCAGUAACAUUUUCCAUUUUAUUUUCAUGAAAAAUCCAGAACUUCAAAUCCACUGAACAACAAAAGAUACCAGUGACCCGUAAACAAUCCGCUAUUGGGGCGCUGUAGCAUAGAGGGUAAGGAACUGGACUUGUAACCGAAAGGUCACAGGUUCGAUACCUGGGUGGAACACUGCUGUUGUGCCCUUGAGCAAGGUACUUAACCUGCAUUGCUUCAGUAUACAUCCAGCUGUAUAAAUGGAUGCAAUGUAAGUCGCUCUGGAUAAGAGCACCUGAUAAAUGCCUGUACUGUACUACUGUACUACUCUCCCUACACUCUAAAAAAAAAACGGACUGUGGAUUUACAAAAUUCAUGGCUACUUGCUGUGGUACUUUCACAGUAAGCUUUGCAGUGACUGAGCCGGUUCUGAGGAAGGCCUUUGCCAUGUUGGGCCUGCAAUGGGAGUUUCAGCCGCUGGCCUCUGGCAGGAGAUAGAUGUCUCCCACCCAGAGAACAAAAAGAGAGUUUAAUCUGUUACUACAGCUAUUACCAGGCUAAAUUUGCACGCGAGCCUUGGACCUAGCACUUUGUAAGCGCUUUAUAAGCACUUCAGUAUUUUAGCGGUUAUUUAUAAAGCAGUGGUUUUGCACUGUUCAAUAUUAAUUGCCUUUGGACAUGUCAGCCUUGUGUCAAAACAUUUAUUUUAUUAUUGUAUAUAUUUUUUUUACAUUUUAAUUUUCUAAUAUGGAUUAUAUAUUUAAUUCAAAUAUAUCGAAGUGUAUUGGCAUCGCGCCAGGGAAGGCAACGGGGUUACUGUAGCAAAGUUCCAGUCGGAGACGGUUAUCUACAGUCGUUUCGACCGCUUUAUCUGCCCCUCUGCCUGGAACCUUGCGUGUGCGUUUAAUACUCCGCGAUAGCGCUGGGGCGAUAUUAAAGGGGAGUAAUCUCACGGCUGUUUGUUUUUUUUGUUUUUUUUUUACGACCCGACCUUUGCGCCGGGGGGAGUGGCGCGAUCGGCCGCGGGGGAAAGGCCCUCCCGCAGAGUUCCGCCGCUUCAGUCUUCCGCGGGACCGCCGACGGCAUCACCACAGCGAGUUUGGACAAUGGGGUGCUGCAGCGCUAGGUGCGGGCUGAUCGCGGGGGCCGUCCUGGGGGCGCUGAUCGCCGUCCUGGGGGGGAUCCUGAUCCCCGUGGGAGACUCGAUCAUCCGGGAGAACGUCGUCAAGGAAGCCGUCAUCGAGAACGGGAGCACGGCCUACGAGAACUGGGUCUCGGCGGGGGCGCCGGUGUACCGGCAGUUCUGGCUCUUCGACGUGCAGAACCCCUCCGAGGUCGUCGAGCUCGGGGCCAAGCCCGUGGUGGCCCAGCGCGGACCGUACACGUACAGGACCCGCUACCUGCCCAAAGUGAACAUCACGGCCUUCGACAACGACACCAUCUCCUUCGUCCUCCCGGCCGGCGCCAUAUUCGAGCCGGCCCUGUCCGUCGGGCCCGAGGAAGACACCAUCACCGCCCUCAACCUCGCAGUGGCCGGUGCCUAUUCCCUUGUUCCCAAAGACGUCCAUUUCCUCCUGAAUUUGGUCAUAAAGAAACACAACGCCUCGCUCUUUCAGAAAAAGACCGUGAAAGAGCUCAUGUGGGGUUACUUCGACCCCAUCUCGAACUCAACGGUCGGCUUGUUUUAUCCGUACAACGGCACCUACGACGGGCCUUACAACGUGUUCACGGGGAAGGACGACAUCGGCAAAGUGGCUAUGAUUGACAGGUGGAGAGGAGAGAGGCAGCUUAACUUCUGGAAUGACACAUACUGUAACAUGAUUAAUGGUACAGACGCUUCUGCGUUCCCGCCGUUCCUCGACAAGAAGCCGCUGUACUUCUUCACCUCCGACAUCUGCAGGUCCGUGGCAGCCGACUUCCAGAGGAGCGUGGUCCUGAAGGGGAUCGAGCUCUACCGCUACACGCUGAACCCGCGGACCCUGGCCUCCCCCGCGAUCAACCCAGACAACCACUGCUACUGCGGCGACCCCGAGGUGACCCGGAACUGCACCCUGGCCGGGGUCCUGGACAUCAGCUCCUGCACGGGCGGGAUGCCCGUCUACAUCUCCCUGGCCCACUUCCUGUACGGCAGCGAGUACCUGACUCAGGACGUGCUCGGUCUGAACCCCGUCGAAGAGGAGCACUUCACCUUCCUGGAUGUUGAACCCAUCACCGGGAUGACAAUGAGGUUUGCCAAGAGACUUCAGGUCAACAUGAUGUACGGGCCCUCCAAGACAAUAGAUGUGCUGAAGCAGGUGAAGGACUACACCAUAUUCCCCCUGCUGUGGCUGAAUGAGACGGCGGCUCUGGACGACGCGACGGCCGACAUGUUCAAGGGGGCGCUGACGUCGCGCGUGGAGAUGCUGGAGGCGGUGCAGGUGGCGCUGCUGUCGGUGGGGACCGUGGCGUUCGUCCUCUGCGCCGUGGCCGCCUGCGUGGUCCACAGGAAGAGCCGGAGCAAGCUGGUGUGACCGAGGAAGACGCCGCCGCCGCCUCACCGCUAAGUCCCAGGGACGGGUGGGGGUGGGGGGGGGGGGGGUUUGCUGUGAGGACAUUACCGAAUUGGUCGCGAGGCGCGUUCGCAAAAAAAACCCCCCCGCUACCGUCUCUCAGUUGCACUUACACACAUCUGCUUUGACCGGAUAUCGUAUUCCAAAUCUUUACAUUUCGUAUUAUUUCAGAUUCCGUUGUUGCUGGUGUAAUGUCGCCCGCCAAGCCGAUCGCCUGCCGACCUUUUUCAGGACGUCAGAGCUGCGCUCUGUUUAGGUUUUCAAGCAGUGGUGCUCUGACUCGGUCCUAGUGGCCCCUGUGUAUGCUGAUUUUUGUUCCAACUGCAACUGCCAUCCCAGAAUUUUAACGAAAUGUCUGUUUUUCUCAAUAAGCUUUUCGUGGUUUGAGUGAUUAUUUAUCACAUCGUAUCUGAGACAGCUGAGUACGCAAUGAAGAAUUAAAAGUCUGAUAUUCACCUUGUGGCUAAUUGUGAGGCUAAGUUAGUACAAGUUUGUACAUUUUCUAACAAAGUUGCUAGAUAAUUAAAAAUUCUAAGACAAAGAAAACAAUAAUAAGCCAAGUCUGCAUUGUGUUUAAAAAGUUCAAAGAAAAAAAAAAACCAUGAAAGAACAAAAGCAUGUGUUCAACAACCUUAAUUGAGCAAAAACCAAGAUUCACAUGGGGUCCCCAGGACCGGGUUUGAGAACCACAGUUUUAAAACACUGAAACCACAGCUGCCACAACUGUUCUUCUCGAUUUCAUGUAUGCACAGAAAUCAAUUUUCACUGUUUCAUUCCAGAAUUGAAGAGAUUGAAUGUAUCUUUUACUGUUCAAGUGUUACGCGUUUUUUUUUUUGUACCAAUCUGCCCUGUGAUUUCCUUGUGUUUCCAGACGCUUCUGCCAUUUCAUACUUCUUCCUAUUCGAACAUAAAUUUAUUAAUUUUUGUAUU